UGAGCUUCGAGGAGACGCAAAAAACAGAGCCAAUUCCUAUCCUAGCCUAGCCAUGAAUUCUUCCAAAAUACUUGCCACCAUACUCAUGAUGGUCACCACCACAACACUUCUCUCGGAGGCCGCGGUUGUGCCAUCGCUUGAACGACAAGCAAGAGCACUCCUCUCUUGGAAAGCCACACUAACCAACGAAAGCCAAGACUCCUUACAGUCCUGGGGAAACAUUUCGUCAUCGCCUUGUACUUGGCGUGGCAUCCGGUGCGCAAAAUGGCGACACCCACCGGUGAUCACCAGCCUCUCUCUACGUGGGAUGCGGCUGAGAGGGAAGCUGGAGUCCAUCGACUUCUCGUCCCUGAGUACGUUGAUGACCCUCGACCUCUCACACAACCAGCUCACUGGGAGCAUUCCUUCGAGUAUGGAGCAUCUUAGGGAUCUCCAUGCUCUGCUUCUGCACUUCAAUCAGUUAAGAGGCUCAAUUCCACCUGCUUUAGCAAACCUCACAAAGCUCACAACCCUGGGUCUCUCCAAUAAUAAGCUUGUAGGAUCGGUUCCUCGAGAAAUCGGGAAUUUAGCAAGGCUGAAAGAGCUCAACCUUAGUGUAAACCAACUAGAAGAUUAUAUUCCAACUACUAUAGGAAACUUAACACAACUAUCUGCUCUGCAUCUUCAUACUAACAAGUUCAUUGGAUCCAUACCUCCAGAAAUGAGUAAUUUGGUAAACCUGGAAGAUUUGCAACUUGGGUUGAACCAACUUGCAGGUUCCAUUCCAGCAAACUUGGGAAAUUUGACUAAACUCGCCAUGUUGUAUCUCUGGGGUAACAACUUGUCUGGCCACAUCCCUAAAGAACUAGGUCGUUUGAUAAACAUAGGAAGCUUGGCGCUUCAUGACAACAAGCUGACAGGUCCCAUCCCAGACAGCCUAGGGAAUUUGACAAAACUCAGUUUGUUGUACCUUUUUGAUAACCAACUUUUUGGACGUAUCCCUGAGGAGCUAGGUUACUUGGCCAGCUUAAAGGACUUGGAUCUUAGCAACAACACACUAACAGGUCAGAUACCAAAUGGCUUGGGGAAUUUGACCAAACUCACCACCUUUUUUCUCUGGGCUAACAACUUGUCUGGCCACAUCCCACAAGAACAAGGCCGUUUGAUAAACAUAGAGCGCUUGGAUCUUGAUGACAACAUACUGACAGGUCCCAUCCCAAACAGCCUAGGGAAUUUAACCAAACUCACUAUGUUAUCUCUUUUUACCAACCAACUUUCUGGCAACAUCCCUCAAGAACUAGGUCGUUUGAUAAAUUUAGAGCACUUGGAUCUUGAUAACAACCUACUUACAGGCCCCAUCCCAAACAGCCUAGGGAACUUGACCAAACUCAAUUUGAUGUACCUUUUUCAUAACCAACUUUCUGGACAUAUCCCUCAAGAGCUAGGUUACUUGGCCAACUUAAAAGACUUGAAUCUUAGCAACAACACACUAACAGGUCCCAUACCAAAUGCCUUGGGGAAUUUGACUAAACUCGCUAAAUUGUACCUUUAUAGUAACCAACUUUCUCAGCAUAUUCCUCAUGAAAUUGGCCAAUUAAAGAAUCUGGUGGAGUUGCAAGUCGCUUUUAACAACCUCUCUGGUGUCCUACCACCCGGUCUUUGUGCUGGAGGCCGGCUACAAAAGUUGACCGCUACAAACAACAAUUUGAUCGGACCCUUACCUACGAGCUUGCUAAAGUGCACUGGACUAAUAAGGGUUCGCCUCGAGCAAAAUCGUCUCGAAGGUGAUAUCUCGAAGAUGGGAGUUCAUCCGAAUCUUGUCUAUAUUGAUAUCAGUUCAAAUAGACUAUUUGGCCAACUCUCCAAACAUUGGUGUUCAUGCUUCAAACUUACUAUGAUGCGUGCCUUGGAGAAUAGUAUUACUGGAGUCAUACCACCAUGCAUCGGAAAAUUGCCUCAGCUGGGGAUACUCGAUGUCUCAUCAAAUCGACUUGAAGGACAAAUCCCACCUGGAAUUGGCAAUGUAAGAGUAAUGUUCAAUUUAAACCUCAGUAACAACUUGCUACAAGGAAGUAUACCACAAGAGAUUGGAUCUUUAAUAAACUUGGAGUACUUGGAUUUAUCAUCGAACAACUUAAUAGGGCCAAUAAGAGGGUCCGUUGAGCAUUGUUCCAAGCUUCGCCUCCUGAAGUUGAGCCGUAAUCACCUCAAUGAUGUCAUUCCUAUAGAACUAGGGAUGCUAGUAUCCCUUCAAGAUGUUUUGGAUCUAAGUGAUAAUUCAUUUGAUGGCAUAAUACCGAGUCAGUUGGGUAGUCUCAGCAUGCUUGAAGCCUUGAAUCUUUCACACAAUUUCUUGAACGGGAGCAUCCCACCAUCAUUCGAGAGCAUGAUCAGCCUAGUAUCUAUGGAUGUGUCAUACAACAAACUUGAAGGACCGGUUCCGCAAAGCAGGUUCUUCAAAGAAGCUCCAGUUGGAUGGUUCAUGCACAAUAACCAACUAUGUGGUGUAGUGAGAGGUUUGCCCUCCUGUGAAACUACUGGAAGUCAUGAACAAGAUCAUAAAUUCAAAGUUGUUUUAUUGACUAUAAUUUCUGCUCUAGUUUCUUUUGUGCUUAUCAUGGCAGUAGUGAUGGUGCUGCAAUAUAAAAGUAAGACAUCAAUUGUAAAAAGUGUGAAUGAACCACAGAUUACAAAUCUGUUCACAAUCUGGAACUUUCACGGACAAGAUGUGUACAAGAAAAUUGUUGAUGCCACGGAAAAUUUCAGCGAUACACACUGCAUUGGAAAUGGAGGUCAUGGGUCAGUGUAUAGAGCUCAGUUACCAACAGGGGAGAUAUUUGCAGUAAAGAAGGUUCAUAUGAUGGAAGAGGAUGAUAUAUUUAUUCGUGAAGUAGAUGUGUUGCUACAUGUUCGACAUCGCAACAUUGCAAAGUUAUUCGGCUACUGUUCUGCUCCUCAAGGGAGAUUUCUUGUCUAUGAAUACAUGGAUAGAGGAAGCUUGUCAGCAUCUUUGAAGAGCAAGGAAACUGCAAUUGGAUUGGUUUGGGCAAGGAGGUUAAAUAUUAUUAGUGACGUUGCCAAUGCUUUGUCUUACAUGCAUCAUGGUUGCUUUGCGCCCAUAGUGCAUAGAGAUAUAAAAAGCAGCAACAUUUUGCUUGAUGUUGAGUUCAGAGCAUGCAUCUCUGAUUUUGGUAUUGCAAAAAUACUAGAUGUGGAUGCAUCAAACUGCACAAGGCUUGCCGGAACAAAAGGAUAUCUUGCCCCAGAGCUUGCAUACACAACAAGGGUGACAGAGAAGUGUGACGUUUAUAGCUUUGGAGUACUGGCUCUAGAGUUGUUUAUGGGACAUCAUCCAGGUGGUUUUCUUUCAUCCAUGGCCAACAAAAGUACGCAACUUGAGGAUUUACUGGACAUCCGGCUCCCUCUUCCUGAAGCUGAGAUUGCAAGUGAAAUAUUUACACUGGUUGCGGUUGCUGUUCGGUGCAUAGAACCUGAUCCGUCACACCGCCCAAUGAUGCAAGAAGUAAUCAAGGUGUUCUCUACAACUGAAGGACCUGAUGAUUAUCUUGAUUAUCUGCACACUGACAUUGUCAUCCCUCCCUGCUGGUCGUGAGUGUUAUUUGUGCACAUUGUUGUUUCUUUCUUUUGAUUACAGACUGUUUGUAAUACAUUAUUUGUACGGUAGUUUGUUUUCUGCAUUGACCCCAUGUCAUGUACUAAUAUUACUAGUAUAAGGCAUGUGCUUUGCGCGCAUGCGUUGCUGUACAAUUCUAGUUACUUUGGCAUGGAAAUACAUUAAACUUGGAAUGGAAGGCACCAUAUAUGGAUUGUUAAUCUCGUGUAGAUUAUACCUAUUUUCUAAGAUUUUAUCUUGUCAACCUAUGUA